UUUGUCUGCUAUAAUUUCUCCUAUAUUGCUUUAUUAAGAUAAUGAAUUUUGGCAACACUAGUUCAUCUCUUGUAAACAAGCAAGAUGGAAACGUGCGUUGAAGACAGCAUUUUUGAAGAUAUACUCUUGUCUUUCGAGGAGUUAACGAAGAACCCUGAAAUUUAUGUUGAGCAGCAUCCAGAAAGUACUGCAAAAUUUCAGUCAAUUACGAAAUCAUUGUAUGAUUUCACAUGGAAACUCAAUUCUUAUACUCAUUUAAAGUCGGAAUCACUACCAAAAUUAUUGGUAGAGGGUUUCGAUGAGGAGCAAAUCUGGCAGCAAAUUGAAUUACAAAAUAAAUGUGCUGUGACAUCAUUCUCUAAAAUUAUAUCUAAUAUCAAUCCACAAAAUGCUGUCCUUCAUAUUACUACAGAAAACAAUUCGUCACAGAAAGGCACUCAUGACGAAGAAGAAUGCAUGCUGGAUGAUCAGUCAUCUAUCAAUGAUGAAAAUGAAGAAUAUGUGUUUGAUGACGAUGAUUCAGAUUCUUCUGUUGAACUUCCCCCAAAAACAGAAGUAAAGUCAAAACCACUUGAAAGAUCGAAACAUUCAUCUAUAGUUGAUGAUCAGUUUUUCAAGUUGUCAAAAAUGGAGCAGUUUUUAAAAUUAGAAGAUUUAAAAGAGGAAAAAAGUGAUACUAUAACAUCAGAGAAUGAAGAUGAGAUCGAUUUAUUUCAAGAUAUUCCUUCUGAUAAUACAGAUGAUUCUGCGGGUGGAUCAGAUGAAGAACCAAGCAGCAAAACCAAAAAAUCAUCUAAAGAUCUAAUGUAUGAAGAUUUCUUUGAUGCACCAGAAAUGGGAGAUGAAAAUGCUGAAGAAUAUUCAGAUGCAAAAUUAAGUUCCAGAGAUGGUGAAAAGUAUGUACUUUUAUUAAUUACAACUAGAAUUCAUAUUCUUAGUUCCUGUCCUGAAUUUACCAAUUGCUGUUGU